GUGCAGACCGUGCCGAGUGUGGCGGAGUCUGGAAGCUGUAGCAUUCAACAUCACCUGGUGCUAGAAGUCGAUCAGUUGACCACGCGUCGGUUAGAUGCCAAGCAAGCAUGGCAGACCACGAGCGCAAUGGUCCCAACGGGCGGGAUCCAGAGUUUUAUGCGGGCUACAGCAGGUUCACCAUUGAGCUGGAGUUCGUGCAAUCACUCUCCAACCCACUAUACCUCCAACAUCUAGCCAUGCUGAAGUACUUCGAUGACGCAGCCUUUGUGGCUUACCUUGACUAUCUCCAGUACUGGCAGCAACCCCAGUAUUUGCGUUACUUAUCAUAUCCUGGACCAACCUUGCGAGCGCUCGAGCUGCUUCAACAAGAGCAGUUCCGCAGGGAUAUUAUCAGCCCAGCGGUCGUCAAUGCGAUGGUCAACGAAGGUUUUGAAGCUGCCACAGCCGGGUUGACAAAGUGAGCGAUCAACCCACUGGAGCAGCACUGCAGUCAAGCCUUGACGCGUUAGUCAGGCCAAACGCGGC